AUGUUAGCUGUCGAAUGUCUAUUUUAUCCAGAUGAAUUUAUUUUACGAAAUAAUAUUGAUAAUAAAAAAAUUUAUUUAUCAAAAUAUUAUAAUCCAUUAAGAUUAAAACAAAGAACAUUUUGUGAACAUAAUGACAGUUUUAAAUAUAUAAUUGAUAAUGAUCAAAAUUAUUCGGGUGGGUGUGGAUGUUGGUGGGUGUAAAUGAAGAAGGUACUUGCACUCACACACACACCCACACCCGCCUGUUGACUGCAUUUCUUUUUUGUGAUAGAGGUGUCCUUUCUUCAGCAAGAAAGAAAGGUAUGAUGCGCGAAGAAAAGAAGAAAAAAAAAGUAAUUGCAUUAUAGAAGCUCAGACAGUAAAAGAGAACGAAGAGUAAUGAAAAACAGAAAAAGAAAAGAAAGGAAAAAAGGAAGAAAAAAAAUAAAACUCCUUUUUCUAUGAGUGUCAGUGGGGUGCAUGAUGAAAUAAUGGUUUUUGAGUUGAUGCAUAUCGCACAUUUGCUCAACAAUUGCAGGAACGGUAAGUUGUAAUCUGGUUGGAGUUUUUACAUGAAUGGGGACGAUAACCGCUAAAUAUGAUGCGGUUGGUUUUGUUAUAGCAGUAGCAGCAAUAGGUCACUAGAUCGCCAGGGACGACGGCUGGGUAUGGAUGCAGGUGUGGGUGUGAACCUUGUCUUCAUUCAUACUCACACCCACACCUGCACUCACACAGCGCCUGCAGCAACACCCACACCCUCAAGUCGCUUUAUUUUUUUUCAUGUCGUAUUGGA